AAUUUACAUUUUUACAUUAUUUCAAAGAGUUCUAGCAACGUGCGUGAUUUAUGAAUAGAUAAAAACAAUAUUUAUGAUGGAAUUGCCUGCAGAAGAAAAUAAAUCUGAAAAACCUUGUCUUUUAUCUUUGGAAAUUUUACCAACAAUCAAAGAAAUUCAACAGCAACAUGGCUUGAGACAUGGGGACUAUCAACGAUAUAGGCAAUAUUGUGCUAGGAGACUCAGACGUUUGUAUAAAGUGUUACAGUUUACUCAAGGAACGCGUAAUAAUGUGAAACCAAAGAGAGUUAGUGAAGAUAAGCUUUCUGAUGUGAGAUAUCUUCAUGUUGUGUUGAUGAAUGCAGAAAGAGCUUGGAGUUAUGCCAUGGAACUUAAACUUCUUGCCAAUACUGAACCAAGAAAGCAUUUUCACAUGUUACGUCGCUUGAAAAAAGCAACCCAGCAUGCUUUGCAACUGAAGAAACUCAGUGAAUCUGAACAAUGUGAUGCUCGUACAAAGCUAGAAGCACAAGCUUACUACUGCUUCAUGAUUGGUUCAUUUAAAUUUGAAAAACAAGAAUGGAAAGAAGCUUUAGAGUUAUUUGGGGAGGCAAGGACAAUUUAUGAAAAGCUUGGCAGUGCAUUUACUGAAGAACAACAAAACUUCUACCAGCAAAAAGCAGAUGAAAUCACUCCAAAUAUUAGAUAUUGUGCUUAUAACUUAGAUGAUGAAAAUGUGGAUAUUAAUGAGUUAAUGAAAAUGAAAUUUAGUUCAGCAGGAUCUGGUGCUCAGGACUUACUUGCUAAUAAACUAGAUAUGUUGAUAUCUCAAAGUCGAGAAAAGCAAGCAAACUCGUUUACAGAGUUGACAUGGGAAGGAAAAACAAUUCCAGUGAAAAAUGAGCUAGUUAGGGCUUUUCUUCUUCGUGUUGACGAUAGUGAACAUGAAUUGGAGAGAGCUGAAAGUUUUGAAAAUAAAAUGACUGUCUUUGAUCAACUUUUGAUGGAGUGCAAAGAUGGAUUACAAAGUGUAAAAGAUGAGAUGAAGCCAGAUCAGGGAAAAUCCAAAGUUUCUGUGUCAGAAGCACAUUUGGCCAAUCUUCAGUUCCUUCAUUCUCAUCUAACAUAUCUUCGUUUGAUGAAAACGGUUGAACGUAAUCUUCUCAUGGUGGACUCAUUGAAGAAAAACUUUCCAACAAUCUUGCUGCAACAGUCUGCAAGUUCUAAUAGAUCAGCUAAUGAUGCAAAGAAAAUCACAAAACCAGAAGAUCUUGUUCGAAUAUUUGAUAUCAUAUUGCAGAAUUUAUCAGACAUUGAAGAUCUUCUUGAAUCAACAUUUGGUGAAUCAACUCUUAGUCAGAAAAUAUCAUCUCAAAAAAGUUUUUUUAAAGCUCACAGAUGUUUGUACGUUGCUCAUAGUUGUUUAUUAAACAAAAGAUGGAAAGAAGCAACUGCUUUAUAUGAGAGAGUUUUAAAGUAUUGUGAUGAAGCUAUUUCAUUACAUGAGAAAGUACCUAAUCGUGAGGAUAAAAUAUCAGAAUUGAAUGAACUUAGACGACAGGCAGAAGGUCAUAUGUACACAGCUCAUGCUUUUCAUCUUUUAGAUUUGAAUGAUGUUGGUGAAAAAGUUGACACACUUCAACUACAAGAUAAACCACUUCAAGAAAGACUUGAUGUUUAUGAUGAAAGACCUCCAAACCUCAAGAAACCAAAUAUUACAAAUUUUCCACCAAAAUUUCAGCCUAUUCCUUGUAAACCACUGUUCUUUGAUCUGGCUUCCAACCAGGUUAACUUUCCAUCUCUUUCUCAUCGUAUGGAACAGAAGAAAACCAACACUGGAAUUACCAAUUAUCUCAAAGGAUGGUUCUGGGGCAGUGGUAAAAGCUGAACAAAUUUAAUAUCUAGGUUUACUGUAUUUGUUGCAAGGAAAGUCUAUCAAAUUUUGUGAAAUUAUAUUUCAGAAGUCUGAACUUACAGAAAAUAUAUCUAUUGUUGCAAUGCUUA